AUGGCGACGGAAUGCACACAAGAAGCCGUUUUGGAGUUUCUUCUUGAAAAGGGUGGAAGAGUGAAAAAUAAGGAAUUGAUUGAUCAUUUCAAAGUAUUUUUAUCCAGCGAGCGUACGAAGAGAACACUGUUAAGAGAGACAUUUCAACGGUUUGUGGACAACAUUGCUUAUGUCAAGAGUGAAAAUGGAGAGAAAUUUGUAUGCUUGAGGAGAAAGUACAGGGAUCCAGAGGCGCGGACGGGUUAUUCAGAUGAUGGAGAGUGUAAUGGCAACGGACCCGCUUCAAAGGAGAGUUCUACGUCGACUCUGACAGCUGAUGGGAACGGAAUCCUUUCAGGAUUGGAGGCAAAGAACCAGGCGAGUGACAACGAAACCAAUUUUAGUAGCCAGCAAGGGACAGGGGUUGAGCUGUGUAUAUCUGACAUUGCAUUAGUGGAGGCUGAAGCUGAAAGUGAUGGAAUCAGGGCCAUUGCAUGCCCGCCGGCUCACUCGGCCGUUAAACUGGAAUCUGUGCCCAGCGAAGUGGAAGUUGUGGAAAGUGCAGCUGGCAAAGGUGUGACUCCGUCUCAGGUCAUCAGACGGCGAACUUCGAGGGGCUCCCAGCGCAGUCUGUUGGCUCUGUCUGAGGAGGGGGUAGGUGAGGGGCAGUCGGACGCCUUGACUGGGGAUGGCAACACGCCAAAAAGCAGUCGGAAGAACUUCAUCGAGCUAAUGAUGAGCAGUUCCCCACAGGUGCGCCGCACCCUGGUGCACAGGAACUCGCAGGGGAACAUCUCGUUUAGGAAGCGAGACUCGGUGAAAAGCGACAGCGACUCGGCCUCGUUGUUGUCGUCGGUGGACGAGGAUUGCGCCUCAGUGACAUUGGACCCUCUGGAGCACGAGUGGAUGAUGUGCACUUCCGAGGGCCAAUGGGAGAGCCUGCAGCGGCUCUUGGCCUGCGAUCCUUCCUUGGUCACAAAGAGGGACUUUGUCACCGGAUUCACGUGCCUGCACUGGGCAGCCAAACAGGGAAAACACGAGCUUUUCGCGCUGCUGGUCAAUUACGCUAAACAAAACGGCAUCUCAAUCAACGUGAACGCUCGUUCCAGCGCUGGCUACACCCCUCUACACCUGGCCGCUAUGCACAAUCACGUCGAGGUGAUGAAGCUGCUGAUUGGUGCUUAUGAUGCUGAUGUAGAGAUGAGGGACUACAACGGGAAAAAGGCAUCUCAGUACCUCAGUAACAGUGUGACUGGAGACAUCAAGGACAUAGUCGGGGCCUGUGGGGAUUCGGACACUGAGAACGGGUCAUGUGACAGCGGGGGUCAAGCCAAGCCGAAAUCCCUCUACAGAAAGUCCUCCAUAGGUCGCAUUAAACCCAGGCUCCACAAAACCAGGUUUAAGACCCAGAUAGUCCACAGCACGUCUUUCAGAGAGACCGAGGAAGGAGACGAAGCCCUCAAGAGUCCUGUGAAGACACGCCCCAUGUCGAAUCUCUUCGCAUGA